AUGAGCAGUCCCGAUGCGGGUUACGCCAGCGACGAUCAGACCCAGGCAAGGUGUACGAUGUCAGUCAUGAUGCCUGGAAUGGGACACUGCCAGUGGGCCGACCCUCUCAGUCCUCUCGGGGACACUAAAGUGAAAAACGAGCCGUGCGCGUCCGGCUCCGGCAACCAGAACCGCAGCAAGAGCGAACCGCGGAUCCGACGUCCCAUGAACGCGUUUAUGGUUUGGGCAAAGGAUGAGCGCAAAAGACUGGCGCAGCAAAACCCGGAUUUGCACAACGCGGAGCUGAGCAAAAUGUUGGGGAAAUCAUGGAAAGCCCUUCCUGUCACCGAAAAGCAGCCCUUUGUGGAGGAGGCUGAGCGGCUGCGGGUUCAGCACAUGCAGGAUCACCCCAACUACAAGUAUCGACCUAGGCGGCGGAAGCAGGUGAAGAGGAUUAAGAGGCUGGACUCUGGAUUUCUGGUCCACGGCGUGUCCGAUCACCAGGCCGCGUCGAUGCCUAUAGACGGUCUGGGGCUUGGUUACCAUGAGCAUGGUUUCCAGCUGCCCCCUCAACCUCUCAGCCACUACCGUGACACCCAGGUGCUCGGCGGCACCUCGUAUGAAACCUACAGCCUGCCCACGCCUGACACCUCUCCGCUGGACGCCGUUGAAUCAGAAUCCAUGUUUUUCCCUGCUCAUUCGCAGGAGGAGUGUCAGAUGAUGCCUGCGUACUCCUACCACUCCCAGGUCCCAGAGUACCCGACCCACGAUCCCCACUCCAACCAUGUUGCCAACCCCAUCCUGCACCGGCACCCCACCUCAGCUCCGGAGCAGCCUCAGUCUGCCCCGCUCCCUCCUUCCUACAUGGGAUGCACCAACUCUCUGGCCAUGUACUACACCCAGCACUGCACUCCCACUCACACCAAACGGCAUGCCGGCCACGGGGCAGGACAGCUCUCCCCUCCGCCUGACGCUCACCCCCACCCGGCGGAGAGCGUGGAGCAGAUGCACCAUUCCGAGUUGCUGAGCGAGGUGGACCGCAGUGAGUUUGAGCAGUAUUUGAGUUCCUCGUCUGGGCGUGUGGAUGCCACAGGCUUACCAUACGGGCAGCAUGAGUCCGGCAUGCAGGGACCCGACAGCCUGAUCUCAUCGGUGCUGUCAGACGCCAGCACAGCUGUGUAUUACUGCAGCUAUAACAACUCCUAACCUGCUGCCCGCCUGUGCCGGCACGCGCACUCUGACCUCAAAUCUUUGUGUAAAUUUCAAUUUAAACUCUACAACUACUGACACACAAAGCCUAUGAGGUUUGAAAAAGCAGCUUUGGAGAUAAUGACUGUAUCACACACUCAAAACUGAUUAAAAAAAAGCCAUAAAAUGAACACUAACGUUCUCUUUUUGCAGGCACAUUAACUCAUUUUGUGAUAAUAAAUACUGUACAGACACUAUUUUAAGGUUUAUGUGUAUAUACUGUAGGUGUUUUUAUACUUUUGCACUUUUUGAGAAAUAAAUUUCUGAAAUUGA